AUGUAUACAGCUGAAACAGGUGAAACAGGUAGCGGACACGGUGGACAGAUUCUAGGUGGGCAUAUAACCGGCGGAGGACAUAUUACUAGCCGACUGCAAGAACAUGAUCCAGGAAGCGAUCCCCAGGCUGUUGUUUGCUUCAUCAGAACGAAUGAUACUGUAUAA